GUUGAGGCGCUGUCAAUGGCGAACCAUUGGAAUUACACCACAUUUAUUAUAUUUCUUAAGUCGCUUUAUUGCAACAUACUUAUUCGUGGACUCGAUUAUAACUUUUCAUUACAUUUUAAAAACAGGUACACUUUCAUUCAUUCUUGUAGGCUGAGACUGACUGUUUUGGAUAAAACGCACAAAAGACGAUUUCGGGGUUCUGACGUAUUUUUUUGGUGGAGAAAAAAAAACGUGAGCCACACCAGGGGCACAGAACCAAUGCAUGCAGCUCAGCGAUUCGUGAUCGGGGAGUCAAACUCGAUCCCGCUCCCGAUGUUUACGUCGUUGGUCUGAUGCCCUCCUCCUCCUCCUGCCCUCUCCUCAGCAUCUCUUCCCUUCCCCGCAGAGGGCACCGGAUAUUUAUCCUCCGAUCCAGGGCCGUGGAGGAGGGAGGAGUCCUUGUGCAGCACUGGGACAGCGUCGGGCUCCGAACCCUCUGAUGAAAGGCAGCGGUCUCCAUCCAAACAGAAAUGGCUAUGGGGCUGACAUCGAAAAAAGCGUCUACGCGAAGCGUCUGUGUGGAGCGCAAGAACCUGAUCACGGUCUGCAGAUUCUCUGUCAAGACGCUCCUCGAGAAAUACACAGCCGAGCCCAUCGAUGACUCGUCGGAGGAGUUCCUCAACUUCGCUGCCAUCUUAGAGCACAUCCUCAGCCACCGGUUCAGAGCAGGGUCAGGAGGUUGGUUCAGCUCGGACGGCCAGCGCAGCUUCUGGGAGUACAUCCGGCUGGCCUGCAGCAAGGUGCAGAACAACUGCAUCGCCAGCAUCGAGAACAUCGAGAACAUCAGCACAUCGCGGGCCAAGGGCCGGGCCUGGAUACGAGUGGCCCUGAUGGAGAAGCGUCUGUCGGAGUACAUCGCCACCGCCCUCCGAGACACACGGACCACCAGGCGGUUCUACGACGACGGGGCCAUCAUGCUGCGGGAGGAGGCCACGGUCCUGACCGGGAUGCUCAUCGGGCUCAGCGCCAUCGACUUCAGUUUUUGUCUAAAGGGUGAAGUUCUGGAUGGGAAAUCUCUGGCCAUGAUUGACUAUACACCAUACCUAAAGUUCACUCAGAGCUACGACUACCUGAGCGACGAGGACGACCGCACCAGCGUGGACAGCAGCAACAGCGAGGAGAGCGUCCCCGAGCACCCCUACAUCCCCCUGGUCACCGACGAGGAGAGCUGGAGCAAUAAGUGCCGCAAGAUGGAGCAGAGGUUCAAGAUCGUGUACGCCCAGAAGGGCUACCUGGAGGAGCUGGUGCGGCUGCGGGAGUCGCAGCUGAAGAACGUGGAGACGGAGAACAAGCACCUGCGGUCCCGACUGGAGGAGCUGACGGAGCAGAGCCUGCAGGAGAAGAAGGAGCUGGAGGACGUGGUGCUGGAGCUGCAGGCGCAACUCUCUGGCCUCAUCCCCUGUGAAUCCAAUCACCUGUCCAAGGAGAUCUCCAUCCCCCAGGUGAACCAGUGGACCACCAUCAACAACAGCCAGGGAGACAUCAAGCUCUUCCGCAGGAGGAGCUUCCCCAGCCUGGAGCAGCUCUCGGUGGACGUCAGCCUCAACUCCAACUCCCAGCGGACGGACAGCAAGCAGAACGGGAAGGACUGCACCCCUUCCAUGCUGGGGCUGUGCGGAUCGCUGGCCUCCCUCCCCAGCUCCAAGUCCCUGGCCAGCCUUAAGUCCACCGACAGCCUAUUGAUUGUGUCCCACCCUCCAAGACCCUCCAUCCGUCGCACAGUGUCUCUGGACGCCAUCGUGGGCCCCUACAUGCAGGGCCAGUGGCCCAAGGACGCGGAGAGUCCCACCAUCACCUGCGCCCAUGACAAGGCCACACAGACCCCCAGUGCCUGGUCCGAAGACGCCCCUGCGAAGAGGCCCCUGGGGGGGCACAAGCGGUCCGCAUCCUGGGGCAGCGCGGAGCACCUGAGAGAGGUGGCCAAACUGAGGCAUCAGCUGCAGAAGCGCUCCCGUCAUGUUGCCCCCAGCGUGGGCUGCCAGCACCACCAGCACAACCACCCCCCCCUCGCCGGCCAGGCAGCGGGCAUCACACAGACCAUCCCGCUCAACAGGCUGGCCUCCAGGAUGCGUCGCAGCGUGGAAGGACUGAACCUGGAGCUGGAGGAGGUGUUUGUGUCUGAGAAGUCGGACGAGCAGAUCCUGGACAUCCCGGACGGGCACCGGGCGCCGGUCCCCGCCCUUCGGUGCAGCAGCGGGUCCCAGAGCGAGCCCUCCCCCACCCCCAUGGACCCCUCGCUGUCCCCGUCCCCCUCCCCCUGUGCCCUGGACCCCUCACUGCUCUCCCCCCAGCACUCCCCCUGUCCCAUCGACCCCUCUCUCCUGUCCCCGGCCCACUCCCCCGGCGCCCGGGCCAAGCCAGAUCCCGCAGAAGGCGAGAACCCCCGGCCCUCCGUGUCCACCUCCCCGCCGCCCCCGUUUGACCUGGACCUGACCCUGCUGAAGCCCUCCUCGUCGCCCCACGUCUACAAGACCUACUCCUUCCAGAGGCAGCCCCCCGAGGGCUGCGAGCGAGUCCGCGCCUGCGACGAGGCCACGUCUGCGUCAACGGGGGAGCCCGUCGCACAAGCCAGCUGCCCCGACCCCAACAAGGUCAACUUCACCCCCCACGGUGGCUCUGCCUUCUGCCCCGUCAGCCUCCUCAAGCCCCUGCUGCCCUCCAUGGAUCUCCUCUUCCGGGGCCUGACGGUGUCCCCCGUCUCCGGCUGCCCCGGUCCGGUCGCCUCGCCCACCACCACGCAGCUGGGUCUGCAGUAGGGCUGCUACCGGAGACCGCCCGCCCGCCCGCCCGCCUCUCUCGCGUCUGGGCCCCUUACACGGUCCCCCUGGCCGGUGGGAGGACGAGGAGGAAGCGAAGACCCCGAAUGCUUCUUUAUAUUAUUUUUAUUUCAACACACCCGCGUGUGUCCAUCAGUCGUCGUCACGCCGCGGUCGCUUCGACCGCCGUGUGCACGAUGACCUGCGACAAAAAUCAUUUUCUAAAGUUGUGCGUCAAGUUCCACUUAGUUCGUAGAUCUAGUGUUAAGUGUCCAAGGACAUUAUUACCUCAGUUGUGUUUUUUUUUUUUUUUUUUAUCUGGCUGCUUGGUUCUUUGAGACGCCUUUCGUUGGAUCGUUACUGGUGUGAUCCCAGUAUCCCCCCCCGCCCCCCCCCCCCCCCCCCCAAACUAAUGGUCAUGAGACUCGUGGAUGAAGUCCUUCUGUCCAGGAGGAGAUGAAGCAGAGUGCUUGUUUCAUAUUACUGCAUUUCUUACAAGGGGGUUUCUUUGUAACAGAAGAAAAUAAAACAAGAGUAUUGCAAUAUCAUUUCGCUAGAUGUAAAAAAAAAAGGAAACGGCAUUCUGAUAAUGCCUCUUUUUAAUAUUGUUUUUGCUGCAUAUUAGGUAAGAUUAAACACAAUACCUAAAGCACUUAAAGAACGUACAAUAACUAUCUUCACAUGGUAUGUUCAGACACAAUUGAUAAAGUAUGUUUCGAUGCCCUCACCGUUGAGUGACGGGUAUAAUUACUUGAUGCAUUUAUUGUACUUUCAAAGAAGCUGUUUUUAUUGACGUCCAGUUUGUUUCUCUUGUUUCUUUGUUUUUUUUUAAACAAUUUCUCUGAAGCUAAGGAAGCUGGUUGGGCCUAUUUUGUACUCGGAUAACAAGGAAGCUCUUUAGUUACUGGGUUCUGUUCUGUGUUCACCCUUUCAUUGUUUCUAGUUGUCUCUUGGCAGAGUUGUACAUUUCAAGGCAAACCGGCUAUGGCUUCUUUACAGUGGCCUGCGCAAGAUUGUAUUUGCCGAUCCAUAUUAACUAGCUUAUAGGAAUGCAAUGAUAUUGUGUUUGGAUUAGCCACUUAAAUCGUCAGUGCCACCUAGCAUCGGUUUUUCUAUCACAGGUGCAUUAGUUCCACAUGUUUGCUGGUAGUCUUGUUCGAAUUCCGCAUUUAAGUGCUAUGUGAGUACCGUUGAUCAUAUCGAUAAUGACUGUUGUCUUCAGUUUAAUCCUAUGCAACACUUUCUUUGAACACGUUUUCAAACAAUGCCAAUAUUCGAGCAGCUGUACAAUGAAAAUGUGUGUCAUUUGUUAAUCUUUGUUUUUUCUGAAGGAAGGAUGGUUAUUCAUAUUAAUAUGAAUUUGUUUUCAUUGUUACAUUAUUCUUCAAAUAAAACCAAAAAUGAGUUAUUGAUUCUAAAA